GACAAUAACCAGUGUGGGACAGGGGGCGGUCCCGCUGAUGUGGGGCGGAGGUGGAGUCGGAGUCGGUACUGAGAGAUGGAGAGAUCAGCAAUGGAACAGCAGUACCCGAAGCCGGAGAUGGACCUGAGCCGGGUGGACGAUUACCAUGGGGUUAAAGUACCCGACCCCUAUGUCUGGCUUGAAGACCCCAACAGCGAACCGACCAAGGCAUUUGUUGAAGCCCAGAACCAGCUAACCAUGCCUUUCCUGGAAGGUUGCAGAGUCAGAAAGAGACUUCAGGAGCGCAUGACAGAAUUGUUUGACUACCCCAAGUACAGCUGUCCUUGCAGGAAAGGGAAACGGUAUUUUUACUUCCACAACUCGGGGCUGCAGAACCAGCACGUGUUGUACGUCCAGGAUUCAUUGGACGCAGAUGCUCAGGUUUUCCUUGACCCCAACAAGAUGUCCGCAGAUGGGACUGUGGCCUUGAUGAUGUUGGCCUUCUCUGAAGACAAUGAGUACCUGGCGUAUGGACUCAGCAAAAGCGGGUCCGACUGGGUCACAAUCAAAAUCCUAAAGGUCGAAGGUCCUGAAGAUCUCCCAGACAUUCUGGAAAAGGUGAAAUUCAGCUGUCUGUCCUGGACUCAUGAUGGAAAGGGAAUUUUCUACAAUCGUUACCCAGAUCAAGAAGGAAGCAUGGAUGGCACUGACACCGCAUCCAAUAUCAACCAGAAACUCUACUACCACGUGCUCGGCACCAGCCAGUCAGAGGACAUCCUAUGUGCGGAAUUCCUGGAUAAUCCCAAAUGGAAAAGUGCAGCCCAGGUUUCUGACGAUGGUUGUUAUGUGCUAUUAUCUAUUCGAGAGGGUUGUCAACCCAAGAACCGAAUAUGGUACUGUGACCUGCACCUGCUACCAAAUGGCAUAUCUGGCCUACUUCCUUGGGUUAAACUGAUAGACAACUUUGAUGCAGAGUACAGCUACCUCACAAAUGAAGGGCCUGUGUUCUCAUUCAGAACGAACCUCGAUGCUCCUCGCCACCGAGUCAUCAAUAUUAACCUGGAGCAGCCAGCUAUGUCACAAUGGAAGGAACUCAUUGCCCAACAUCAGAAGGAUGUCUUGGACUGGGCAACCUGUGUCAACGACAAGUUCCUGGUCCUGAAUUACCUCAAGGAUGUGAAGGACACCCUCCAACUGUACAAUCUUGCCACUGGAGCCUUCCUCAAGGACCUCCCGCUGGAUGUUGGCAGCAUCUCGGGAUACAGCGGGCGGAAGAAGAACAAGGAGAUCUUCUACAAGUUCAACUCCUACCUGACACCAGGAAUCAUCUACCACUGUGACCUGACUCAGGAGAUCCUGGAACCUAAAGUGUUCAGAGAAGUGGAGAUCAAAGGAUUUGACUUCUCCGAUUAUCAGACGGUUCAGGUUUUUUUCCCCAGUAAAGAUGGGACGAAAAUACCAAUGUUUAUUGUUCAUAAGAAAGGGAUAAAACAGGACGGUUCUCACCCAGUAUUCCUGCAUGGCUACGGAGGGUUCAACAUCUCUCUGAGUCCAUAUUACAACGUGGCAUAUCUGAUUUUCAUCAGGCACCUGGGCGGAAUUCUUGCCGUAGCUAAUUUGCGAGGAGGUGGAGAAUAUGGAGAAACCUGGCAUCAAGCUGGGAUUCUAGGUAACAAGCAGAAUGGAUUUGAUGAUUUCCAGAGUGCAGCUCAGUACCUGAUCCAGGAAGGAUUCACCUGCCGGGAGAAGCUCACCAUCAACGGAGGAUCAAAUGGAGGCCUGCUUGUUGCUUCCUGUGUGAACCAGCAGCCUGACCUAUUUGGUUGUGCGGUCGUUGAAGUUGGUGUGAUGGACAUGCUCAAGUUUCACAAGUUUACCAUUGGCCACGCAUGGACCUCUGAUUAUGGCUGCUCCGACAAGAAGGAGCAGUUCGAGUGGCUGAUAAAAUAUUCUCCACUCCAUAACAUCAAGGUGCCGGAGGGAGGUACCCAGUACCCAGCCAUGCUGUUGCUGACUGCUGAUCAUGACGACAGAGUGGUGCCCCUUCACUCUCUGAAAUACAUUGCUACACUGCAGCAGACUGUGGGUCACAGUCCUGGUCAGAAGAACCUCCUGCUGAUACGUGUCGACACUAAAUCGGGGCAUGGGGCCGGGAAACCGACUCACAAGGUAAUCGAGGAAGAGUCAGACAUCCUCGCCUUCAUUGCUGAAACCUUGAAGCUCGACUGGCUGGACUGAGGAAGAUCCUGGACAUGAUAAUUAAUCAAUUAAAUUGACAAGUAAUGAUAAUUAAAUAAAGGUUAUGUCCCUUUUCAUACCUCAA